UCAAGUGACUGGAUCGAGUUGAGAUUUCUAUUGUUUUCAGUUAUGUUUUUCAUUAAUUUUUUUAUUUUCUUGAUUAUAGUAACAUUUUUUGGAAUUUAUUCAACUUCGAACACAACUGAAAGUUCAAUUUUGAUUCCUUCGAAAGCAACACUGGUAAACUAUGGAUUCAAUAAUCGUCACGAAAUAACUUGGUACUUUGAGCCCAAAAAGUGUGGUGAAUUUCAAGUAUACGAUAGAGUGGCAGGUAAAUGUCGGCGUAUUUAUUGUCGAUCUACAAUCGGUGAUAUGCCUUAUCGAAAAUGUAAAGUGAGCGAAGCAUUUGAAGGUUUCCGUGCUCGCAAAGAGUUUAUUGAUAUCCAAGCCGAAAAAUGGUCUCUCACACUUUACGUAAGCCUUACCAAUGGAAAGACACUUACUCGAAACAAGAAUACACGUAAAGAAUUUGAAAUACAAUUAGCUUCAGUUUUAAAUAUUUCCAUUGAGCGUAUAGACAUUGAGGAUAUGGUACCACUUGGUGGUUAUUAUGCUCAAUUCAAAGCUGAACUAUCGGAAGACGUUGGACUAGUCAUUUCUAACGAGCAAAUAGUCAAAAAGAUACAAAGUUGGCUAACGGAACGGCAAACAUUUCAAAUUGAUGGUUGCGUUUUCUACAUUUUCAGUCUGGAUUUUUCUGUCAGUUAUCUAGCUAAUUACAACCCAUCAUUUUGUGAAGGCUCAUCGGUGCGAAAAAUACCUCAUUGGGGACUAAAUUUUUCUUUUAUAAAUUCUAAUAAAUUGUUAAACAAUGAGAAUGGCCGAAUUUAUCCAAAAGGUUCUUACAUAGCGAGUGUUCUAGUACACAAUGAUCGUCUUAAAGUAGUCACAUUUGCGAUUCUCUGUGAGAAAGUAACUGGACUUUUCUGUGAGACUUUCAAGUUACCCGCUGGUUCUUACGAGUUUAUCGAUAAUGGUGCAUACAUAAAAUCACUUUAUGGAGUAACUGAUAAGUUCGAAGUUGACUUUAAUUCGUCAGUGAAGAUUUGUGAGCCUUCACACUUUUUCUGCGUCGGCAAUCAAACGGAAAACAAGAUUGUAGGUGUUUGUCUAAUUGUCUCUUGUGUAUUUUUAGUGCUGAUUUUGGUCACAUUUAGUAUGGUUCCUGAUAUAUCAUCGACUCUUCCAGGUUUCAAUACAAUAAAUUUGGUUCUGACUAUUCUGAUAUUACAAUUACAUUUUCUAACGGGAGCUUAUUGGACUAAUUGUUGGUUAGCGGCAAUUGUCAUGCAUUACUUUAUAUUACUCAAUUUUAGUUGGUCAAGUAUCAUUGGUUUUCACAUAUUUCGUACAUUUGUUACAUGUGAUUCAAUUCAUUGUGAGGAUAAUUCAAAAUACGGAAGCAGAUUCACUUCUUUCAUCAUGGCUCAUUUGAUGGUCUUGAUUGUUGUUGCUGUUUCGUUGAUUAAUGAAUUUAUCUCAAAUGAUUUCGCUCCUCAUUUUGGUCCAUUCCAAGGUGUUUGUUGGAUUCGUAGUUCGAUUGGAAUAUUGAUUUAUUUUGCUGUUCCAAUUUCUCUCAGUAACUCACUGAAUUCUAUUUUCUAUUUGGCAAGUUACAUGAGGAUAAAAAGAACAUUGAAUGCGAGUGUUGCAGUUUCAGUCCAAAGUAUCAAUCGAUUAUCAAUUAGGUCAAUACCCACACAAUUAUCGGUAUUUAGUCGAAUAGCAACUGCUCUUAGUAUCUCUUGGCUAACUAUUCUUCUCAUUCCAAUGACUCCGCCAAAAUCGACUGUCCAUCAAUUGGCCAAAUACUUGUUCGUCUUUAUCAAUACUAAUCAAGGAUUAUUGUUAUUCUUUGCUUUCCUGUGGAAUAAAAGAGUUGGUCGUAUUUGGUUAAAUUGGGCAAGAAUUUUAAUCAGAAUCGAAAAUCAAAAAAGUUCAAAAGAUUCAAUCGUUACAAUUUCUGCUUCCGUUCCAAUCAACAGUGUUGAUAUGGUUGAUUAGUUUAUCAGUUAAGCAUCGAAUAUGAAUAAGAAUUUGAAUUUUAUUAAAAAAAAUAAAAAGAUUUUCAAAUUAAUAUUAUUAUCCUUUUACAUUAGUAAAAAUCGGUAAAUUGUAAUAGCAGAUAUUAUUGUUAUUGAUUUGUUGGUGUUUUUGAAUUUAAAAUUGGAAGAUCAUCAAAUUUUAUCGAACAAAUUUUAUCAACAGUUAAACACUUAGGAUCUUCCAGUUCAACGAUAAUCAAUUGAUUUAC